GAUCUCAUAGCAAGUAAAAGAAACCUCACAGAGCAGCCUUAGAAGCCUUUCUCUUUCUGUGUUAGAAGGCAAGGAUACCUUGUUUUGUUCACCAGGAAGUUCCUUUGCACUUUCUUCAGACAUAGCCAAUCAACUUCUAUACUUCUCUAUAUAUAAACUCUUCAAACACUACAGUAUUCAUCAAACUUCCAGACUCAUUUUUCUUUGAGUAAAUCUUAAAAGCUGAAAAUGGGAGUUGGAGGAACUUUGGAGUACUUGUCUGAUCUAAUGGGUAGUGGUGGCCAUAAACACAAGAAGAAGAAGCAGUUACAGACUGUGGAGCUCAAAGUCAGAAUGGACUGUGAUGGUUGUGAGCUUAAGGUCAAGAAGGCACUCUCUUCUUUAAGCGGAGUUAAAUCUGUGGAGAUUAACAGAAAGCAACAGAAGGCGAGUGUUACUGGGUAUGUUGAACCCAACAAGGUGCUGAAGAAGGCAAAGUCUACAGGGAAGAGGGCAGAGAUAUGGCCUUAUGUGCCUUACAAUCUAGUGGCUCAGCCUUACAUGGCUCCAGCUUAUGACAAGAAGGCACCUCCUGGUUAUGUCAGGAAAGUGGAGAACACUGCAACUACUGGCACCAUGACAAGAUAUGAAGACCCCUACACAGCCAUGUUCAGUGAUGAAAACCCCAAUGCCUGCUCUAUCAUGUAACUAGUUUCACAUGCAAGAUAGAGCAAACGAUUUUCUGCUUUGUCUACUCUGAUUAGUCUCCUAGCUCCAAGCCUCUGUAAUAUUUUGAAUGUAGGGUAACUUUUUCAAAUAUUUUUUUUCCCCCAAGUUUGUUACUUUGUGUGGGAUUUCCUCAU